CGCCCCGGCAACGCGGCGGCGCCAUGGGUCGAAAAAAGGGAAAAAAGUCGAGUGGCAAAAAGAAAGUUAUCAAAGCUGAACAACUGAGAUUACAGAAAGAAGAAAGGCUGAAAGAGGAAGAGGAAGCCCGAUUUCAAGCUCAGGAAGAAGCAUCAAGACUUGAAAAGGAGAGAAUUGAACGAGAGCAGAUGGAAAAGCUUGAGGCAAAAUAUCAAGAACGAAGGGAAUCUGAACUAGCAGAACUUUGUUCACUGGAACAGAAGUUUUUGUCUGCACAGCAGUGGAAAACGGAUUAUAGAGCAUAUGCGAAGUGGGAGCAAUACCUUAGUUGUGAUGGAAGUCCUGACCCAACUGUACUGCAGGAAAUAAAUACUUUCAUGAGUUUAUGGCGUGAAGAUCAAAAUGAGGACGUUCAACUUGUGAUGGAGAAGGGGGAACAGGUGCUAAAUUUAAUCGAGAAAUUGCAGUUUCUUUUGUUGGACACACCAGCAAAGGAGAUAACAGAAGAAGAAACAGUCCAGUACCAGCAAUCUAUUCUGGAAUUGCAGAAUUUGCUUCAUCAGAAGUACAAUGGAGCUACAGAGCACCUGCUUAAAACACCUAAUAUGUAUGAAGAUUCUGAAACUGGAAAUAUGCAGGCAGUCAUAAAGGAUAAAAAUGUUACUUUCUGUAUUUGGGCCAAUCUGAAGAAGAACAUAAGGUUCAAAAGUCACGUGUUUUGUGAUGCACAGCAUGGAUUUGAUCUUCCAAAGUCACUGGCUGUGAGCAGUGUUGCUGUUCGCAUAUUGCAUACUCAUUAUGAUCACGUAUCUCCACUUUGGCUGCAGUGUCAGAGUGUGCCAAAAUUGGAAGUCUUGGAUAGCAAAGAGUUAACUCGUCAUUCAAAAGGCAAUGUAGAAAUAGAAGAAGAGGAGAAGAAAGCAGAAGAGCCCAGCAGGCCUGCUGAAGGAGAAAUGUGUUCUGAUGGGAGAAAGAGUGCUGUCUCAUUCAAAGAAAACAGCAGUAUCAUAGCUGAUGUAAAUGAGACAGAGGAGGAAAUGGAGAAAAAAUCAGAAAUCUUGGCCAUAUCAUCACAAGUUCAGGAUCCAGUGACGCAGGAUGAGACGAAUGAAAAAGAAGAGGCAAUAACUGAUGAAAACAUUGUUGAUUUGCAGCAGUUUGUGCCAGUGGGUGGUGUGUACCACAUCGAUGCUCUGCAGCUUCCACCUCAGGUCAAACAAAUCAAGGACUGGAGUAUGGUGGAGUUACUCGAGGUUGGAUUGGAGGCGUACCCGUAUCCCCCAGAAGAGGCUGAAGGUGCCACACAUCUGCCAAUACAGAUAACCCUUAGGCUUUCUGAUAACGUGAUGUAUUUUCAGGAUCCUGUGAUAGCCCGAUGGGAUCCUGCAGGCCAACAGUGGAGAACCGAUGACAUCAGCAACAUAACAUAUGGAACACAAGAAAAGAGGAUCACUUUUGAGAUGGGUGCCUUUUAUACAAUAGCACUUCUCCAGGAUGCCCAUCUCAACAUGCCCUAUCAGGCAUGGGAACUGCGACCCAUGGGUGUGGAUGAAGCACAACUUACAAUUACUUCAGUCUUUGCAACAAUUCAGAUACAAAUUAAGGGUAAUCAGUGUAUGUUGUCUUCAGUAGUGGUGGAAGAGAAGGAGGUGCUUUCCCACAUCACAGGAAAAUGGUUAAAUCCAGUUGACCUAAGAGCAGUUUUAAAAAAGGCUGGUGUGAAUAUUUUCCCAGGAGAGUAUUCUCACAAGUACCUCUCUGUGAAAGAGAAGGCUCCCCUAGCAGAAGUUAGGGCCUAUCAACAGAUGGCACUGGUUGCAUCUGCUUUUGCUUUUGCCUGGAGCAAGUGGAAUCAAGAAGCAGGUCAAGAAAAAGUAGUGUUCAAGCUCGGGCAUUUGUGACAUCUCCAGUGGGACACACGUCAGUAACAAAGACACUUGCUAAUCAGCUAGGAUGUAUAACUGAUAAGCCAGCUAUCAAGGCUUUAGCCAAACCUGGGAUGAGAGCUGGAUCCUGAUUUUUGUGAAGUACUCUGCUGUAGGGGUCCUCUGACCUGUAAGUUCUGUAAUUAAUAUUUGGAUAUUUCUUCUUGACCAUAUAGGGUUUCAUUUGUUCCCUACUGUAAAGGGGGGAAUAAGCAACUUGAGCAUUGAUUUGUUUCCAUCUGUGAACUAAAACACAUGUGGUUAAAACCUCUCCCAGACAGACAGAAAAAUACUCCCAAGUUGUGGUUGUAGAUACAGAACAUACCAUACUAUUGAAAUCUUGAGCAGCUCUCCCACUCUGAGUUAAAUGCAUGCAACAUACAAAUAUUUCACCUAAUACUUAAUCCCAGGAGCAAGAACUAAAACAAUGAUGCCUGUUGUACCCAGCUGCUCUCUCCAGAGGAGUCAGGAGCAGCAGGAGGAGUGGCCAGACCUUGCCUUUUGCAGAGGCAAACAGGAUGGAAGAGGUGGUGGUGUUGAUACAGUACCUGGUACAGUCUUAGGUGCAGAGAGCUGGUAUUGUUUUAGGGGUUCAAAGCAGUGCGCCUUGGUUUUGUUUCUGUAUUACACUCAUGAAUACAAUAGAAUUUAGAAUUUUGUACUAGAAUUUGUACUCUGUUGGUAUCCUGGGCUCCCUCUUACACCGCAUUUUUUUUUCUGCAAUAGGUAAGUGAGCAUCUUAAAGCAGAUUCUGACAAAGACUGGUCUCUCUAUAUGUUUAAUGGUCAGAAAGCACAAAAGCUCAAGAUCUCCAAAACCA